AUGUCCUUGAAUGGGAAGAAAAAAAUUCAGAAUCUAGAGGAAAUUGAUAUUACCAACAAUACUGAGGAUGGCAGGGAGGAAACCAACAAAGCUCAUGCUGAAUAUAUCAUAUGGUUGAACACGCAGGACUCCUUUCUUAGCCAAAAAGCUAAUAUCCAGUGGUUUGACAAAUGCGACAGAAACACUCAAUUUUUUCAUAGAAAGCUUCGAGAAAAAAGAAUAAGAUUACAAUUGAAUAGGAUUAAAAAUCACAAAGGAAAUUGGGUUCAAGGUGACGAGCAAAUAGCCAAGGCUGCUAUUAGGUAUUUCAACUCCAACUUCAAUCUUCGGACUCCUACUCUGGACCUUUCUAUAAUGAACUGCAUCUCUACUAAGAUCACUCAAGAAGACAGGGACAACUUGGAUAUAGAGCCUUAUGUGGAUGAAAUAAGACAUGCAGUAUUUAGUUUGUCUGCCACCAGUACUGCUAGACCUGAUGGAGACAAUAGAACUUUCUUCCAUACCUGUUGGGAUAUUAUCAGAGAUGACAUCAACGACUUUGUUUAG